AUGGGAGCCUUGGGUUCACUCUGGGUUUUGUUCACUCUCAUCACUCCAGGAGUUCUUGGUCAGUGUAAGUUGCUACCAAAGUAUGCUUUUGCUAAGCCUAUUAUUGAGAGUGAUAAGUCUGAGUUUGCUGUUGGAACAACUUGGGAAUACAAAUGCCUUCCUGGGUAUAUUAGGAAGUCAUUCUUUAUCACCUGCUUAGAAACCUCCAAAUGGUCAGAUGCUCAGCAUUUCUGUAAACGUAAAUCAUGUGAAAGUCCUAAAGAACUCCUCCAUGGCUCUGUGCAUAUAAACACGGGUUUCAAGUUUGGGUCAACAAUUACAUAUUCUUGUGAUAAAGGAUACCGACUCAUUGGUGACUCAUCUGCUACAUGUAUUAUAUCAGACAAUAAUGUAAUUUGGGAUAAGGAUGUGCCUAUUUGUGAAUCUAUUCCUUGUGAGUCACCACCAGUCAUUUCCAAUGGAGACUUCCACAGCAGCAACAGGGACAGCUUUUCCUACGGGAUGGUAGUGACUUAUCAUUGCCGUGCUGGAAAGAACAGGGAAAAACUGUUUGAUCUGGUGGGUGAGAGGUCAAUAUAUUGCACCAGUAAAGACAAUCAAGUUGGCAUCUGGAACAGCCCACCUCCUCGGUGUGUUCCUAUAGUCAAGUGCCCAUUGCCAGAAAUUGAAAAUGGAGUUGUGGAGUCUGGAUUUAAACACUCCUUCUUCUUAAACGAUACAGUAAUGUUUAAGUGCAAGUCUGGCUUUACCAUGAAAGGCAGCAGUAUAGUGUGGUGCCAGCCAAACAGCAAAUGGAGCCCUCCACUGCCAACAUGCUUCAGGGGGUGUCUACCACCUGAAAAUAUCCACCAUGGUGAUUAUAACAAAAAGGAUAAGGAAUUAUUUUCUGUUGGCCAGAAAGUGUCAUAUAGUUGUGAACCUGGUUAUACUCUCAUUGGAAUUAACCUUGUGGAGUGUACAUCCUUGGGAACCUGGAGCCAUGCAGCCCCGACAUGUGAAGUGAAAUCAUGUGAUGCCAUUCCAAACCAACUUCUCAAUGGCCAUGUGUUUCUUCCCCCUAACUUCCAGCUUGGGGCAGAGGUUUCUUUUGUUUGUGACCCAGGGUUCCAGUUAAAUGGCAAAUCUUCUAGUCAGUGUGUCCCAGAAGGAGAGACAGUAAUCUGGAAUAAUAAGUUUCCUGUCUGUGAACAAAUUUUCUGCCCACCGCCUCCAACUGUUCUUAAUGGAAGACAUACAGGCAGCUUUUCAGAAAAUGUACCAUAUGGAAGCACAGUUACCUAUGCCUGUGACCCAAGCCCAGAGAUAGGAGUUAACUUCAUUCUUAUCGGAGAAAAGACUAUCUAUUGUACCAGUGACAGUCAGAAGACUGGGAUCUGGAGCGGCCCUGCACCACACUGUGAACUUUCAGUUUCUGCAGUUCAAUGUCUACAACCCCAGGUCAAGAGAGGGCAAAUGUUAUCUAUUUUGAAAGAUAGAUAUUCCUAUAAUGACACUGUGACAUUUUCUUGUGAAUCUGGCUUCACCUUGAAGGGCAGCAUGAGAAUUCGAUGUAAUGCCCAAGGCACAUGGGAGCCAUCAGUACCAGUGUGUGAAAAAGAAUGUCAGGCUCCUCCAAAAAUCAUCAAUGGGCAAAAAGAGGAUAGGCACUUCCUCAACUUUAACCCUGGUACAUCCAUAAGAUAUAGCUGUGACCCUGGCUAUUUAUUGAUGGGAGAAGACACUAUACAUUGUACCCCUGAGGGGAAGUGGACUCCUAUUGCCCCUCAAUGCAAAGUUGCAGAAUGUAAGCCAAUAGGCCCACACCUCUUUAAGAGGCCUAAGAAUCAGUUCAUCAGGACAGCUGUUAAUUCUUCUUGUGAUGAAGGGUUCCAGUUAAGUGAGAGUGCUUAUCAACUAUGUCAAGGUACAGUUCCUUGGUUUAUAGAGAUUCGUCUUUGUAAAGAAAUCACCUGCCCACCACCUCCUGCUAUCCACAAUGGGAUGCAUACAGGGAGUUCUUCAGAAGAUGUCCCAUAUGGAACUGUGGUCACAUAUAUGUGUUAUCCCGGGCCAGAGGAAGGAGUGCAAUUCAACCUCAUCGGGGAACACACCAUCCACUGUACAAGUGACAGCAGAGGAAGAGGAUUCUGGAGUGGCCCUGCUCCUCUCUGUAAUCUUUCCCUCCCUACUGUUCAGUGCUCAGAUGUCCAUGUCCCAAAUGGAAACAAGAUGAGUGUCAAUAAAGCCCCAUAUUUCUACAAUGAUACUGUGACAUUCAAGUGUGAUAAUGGGUACAUUUUGAUUGGAAGUAGGGAGAUCCGUUGUAAAGCCAACAACACCUGGGAUCCUGAAAUACCACUUUGUGAAAAAGAAGAAUGUGAGCCUAUGAGAGAACUUCCUGACCCUCUAGAUGACACACAUGUAAAACUAGUGAAUAGAACCUGUCAAAAUGGGUACCAGUUGACUGGACAUACUUACAAAAAGUGUCAAAAUGCUAAGAAUGGGACUUGGUUCCAAAAGAUUGCAAUUUGUACAGUUAUUCUCUGUCAACCUCCACCAAAGGUUGCAAAUGGUAGUCAUACAGGCAUGAUGGCAGCGCACUUCCAGUAUGGAAAUGAAGUCUCUUAUGAAUGUGAUCAAGGAUUCUAUCUUUUGGGAAAGAAAAGUUUGCAGUGCAUAAAUGAUUCUAAAGGACAUGGAUCUUGGAGUGGACCUCCACCACAGUGCUUACAAUCUUCUCCUCUAACUCAUUGCCCUGAUCCAGAAGUCAAACAUGGAUACAAACUCAAUAAAACUCAGUCUGCAUAUUUCCAUAAUGACACAGUACAUUUUGUCUGCAAUCAAGGCUUCAUCAUGAAUGGCAGUCACUUGAUAAGGUGUCAUACUAAUAACACAUGGGUACCAGGUGUACCAGCUUGUGUCAGAAAGGCUUUCUUAGGGUGUCAGUCUCCAUCCACAAUCCCUAAUGGGAAUCAUACUGGUGGUAAUAUAUCUCGAUUUUCCCCUGGAAUGUCAGUCAUGUACAGCUGUUACCAAGGUUACCUUCUGGCUGGAGAGGCAAUUCUUAUCUGUACUCAUGAGGGUACCUGGAACCAACCUGUCCCUUAUUGCAAAGAGGUAAACUGUAGCUUCCCUAAAGAUACAAAUGGAAUCCAGAAGGGACUCCAGCCUGGUAAAACAUACCGGUUUGGAGCUACUGUGACUUUGGAAUGUGAGGAUGGAUAUACCUUGGAGGGAAGUCCACAGAGCCAGUGCCAGGGUGACCACCAAUGGAACCCUCCCCUGGCUAUCUGCAAAUACCGGUCAACUAUUCCUCUUAUUUGUGGUAUUUCUGCAGGCUCAGCAGUUAUCAUUUUGUUUAGUGUCAGCUUCUGUGUGAUAAUAAAACAUAGAGAACGUAAUUAUUCUACAAAGACAAGGCCUAAAGAAGGAGCUCUUCAUUUAGAAACACGAGAAGUAUAUUCUAUUGAUCCAUACAACCCAGCAAGCUGA